CCCCAAUUGUUGCAUUACUUAUUAAGAAAGACGACAGAGUUGAUUAGAACAGUGAAGUUUACCAUAUAAUUGGCAAGAUUUAAUAGGCACUUAUGUCACUCAGGUUACGUACCUUGGUAGGCACUGGGUAGCUGGAGUAGCCAAAAUGUACGUAUCUAUUAGCCAGCUCCCCGCUGGUCGUCUCGCCACGAUAUUCUACAGGGCAAGUCGAAAACAUCUCUUAUCAGGGGCAAGCAAGCAAGAUGUGCAUCCACCAAGCCAGAAAGUGCGUAAAGCGCUCCAAAUGGUGGCGUGUCUCCUGCAGCCUCAUGGCGUGCCCGACAAGACAAAGAAAAGUGCGGCCACGUCGAAGAUUUCAUUCGCCAGCUACCUACCCAGAGACAAAGAUAUCGCAGGCGCCAUGAUUGGCGUGCCCAGGGUGGUAUGCAUCUAUAGCAGAGACGAGCUGUCCGCCCAGCCAGAUAUCCUGCUCCUCGGCGAACAUACCUCAGGUCUCGGCUCAAGCUUGCACAUUCGGGUCUGACCUUGUGCUAUGCACGAUUCACCUACCCUCCGCCGAGCUAAGCGAGCUUUUCGACCACCAAGUACUGCUAUUCCCAGGCGGCCGCCUUGCGCACGACGGUCCACUAAGCGAUAAGUGCUGAACGGCGCUUGGGUAUGUCGCCAACUUUAGUUCCAGCUUUCGCUGUGGGAUAGACGAGAAUCUAGCUGAGUAUCCCAUGCAGCAUGUAUACAUACAUCAUUGCAUAGGUAGCUAGUCGCUAAAGAGCAGUUGGUCACAUAUCCCUUAUAGCGCCUAAAUUAUGACGGUUUUCAUAUCAGUACUACCUAGGUAAGUAGAUACUUGGUAUAUGUCAAGGAUAUAAAGGAGGGAGAAAGUUCUUAGUCUUCCACCCACCAAUAUUUGAAGAACGUUAGGAGAGAGGAAUGCCGUGUAUUGAUCACAUGAGAGUAUGCUAUU